CUACAUUGCCAAACACCUUGUCCCUAACCUAUAGUUUUAAAAAAAAUUACUUUUAUGAAAUAUUCGUCUAGUCUUUAGACCCACACAUCUCAUCUUUCAUUCCGACUAAUAAAAGGACAACCUAACCUACAGGAGAUUCCUCGUGUAGUAGCAGUACAAAUACGUUACAACUGAAUAUAGCACUAAACCACAAAAUCCCAUGAAAUUCACGUUUGUCAAGUAGUUCACGUCAAUUUUGCUUCUUUUAAUCAUUAUCGUCCUCAUCCACCUUGUCCACAACCGACAAAACUCCUACUAUAUAAUAGUUAACAGUACUGAACAAACGAUUCUAUCAGUACAUGUACAACUUAAUGAUGAAUCGGUUAGAAAGCUGGCCAGAGCCAAUUAUCCGUGUUCAGGAACUGUCCGAAAGUGGCAUUAAGGAAAUUCCGGAACGCUUCGUGAAAUUUCCGUCGGACAGGCCAUGUUUCAUGGAGACAACGUCUCAUGUUAAUAAUAUUCCGUUAAUUGACCUUGAAAACAUCAAGUCAUCCGAUGAAUCCGUUCGACGUGAAACUAUGGAGCUCAUUUCCCGGGCUUGUCGCGAAUGGGGUUUCUUCCAGGUGGUGAAUCACGGCGUUAGCCAUCAACUUAUGGCUAACGCACGUGGAGUUUGGCGGGAGUUCUUUCAUCUCCCGCUGGAGGAGAAGCAGAAGUUGGCGAAUUCGCCGAUUACUUAUGAGGGUUAUGGAAGCAGGCUUGGAGUGGUGAAAGGUGCUAAAUUGGAUUGGUGUGAUUAUUUCUUCCUUCAUUACCUUCCUCAGAAACUCAAGGACGAAAAUAAAUGGCCUAGUCUUCCUAUUUCAUGCAGGAAAAUCAUUGCUGAAUAUGGACAAGAAGUAAUGAAACUAUGUGAAAGAUUAAUGAAGAUCUUAUCGAUAAAUCUUGGAUUAAAUGAAGAUUAUCUACACACAAAGUUUGGAGGAGACAGUGAAAGAGGUGCAUGCUUAAGGGUUAAUUUUUACCCAAAAUGUCCUCAGCCGGACCUAACACUCGGACUCUCUCCCCACUCUGAUCCUGGUGGCAUGACCCUUCUCCUCCCCGACACCGACGUCUCUGGCCUCCAAGUCCGUCGUGGUGAUGAUUGGAUAACUGUUAAGCCAGUUCCUAAUGCCUUCAUCGUCAACAUGGGAGAUCAAAUUCAGAUAUUAAGCAAUGCAAUAUACAAGAGCAUAGAACAUCGUGUAAUAGUUAAUUCUGCGAAAGAACGUAUUUCUUUGGCAUUCUUCUACAAUCCAGGAGGUGACAUCCUCAUUAAACCUGCAGAUGAACUUGCGACGAAGGAUCGGGUGGCGUUAUAUUUGCCUAUGACGUUCAAUGAGUACAGAGCUUUCAUCAGAACAGAGGGUGCUCGUGGAAAAUCUCAAGUUGAAUCACUAAAAUCGCCAAGAUAAUUUCCUUUGGAGACAUCUGAUAAAAUUGAAACCAGUCCAAUCGCUAAGAUAAUUAAAUUACCUUAUUUAUAUCUAGGAUGUCCAUGCCCCGUUUCUUAACUACUGCAUAAUUUUAAUUUGAUAUUUCCAUGUCAUGUCAUGUCUAUCGUGCUUUUGCUAAUUUCAGCUUCUUUAUAUAAGGGAACUUAAAUACAUAUAUUUGUGUUACUC